UCCGCCUCUCCCUCCUCGCCUUGGUGUCCCUGUCGCCUCUUCCCUUCUCUCUCGCGGGUUCGUUUUAGUUUAGAUGCGAUGAUGAUUCGAGGCGCAGAGCUUAUUUUAACCUUAAUCCGGGGCUAAACCCUGGCCCGGCGGCUCAGCGGCUUCUCGGAUGGAGACGAAGAAAGUGAAGUCUGUCACUGGUCGUAAUCACGCGGGGGAAUGGAUGAUAAGGUCGUAAAAAAUCACACAGGCAUCAGCCUGAAGCCAUACUGUUGUGUCUUCUUUUGAGCCCAUCGAGGGUCAGGGGGUGAUUGGUUUGCGUUCAGUGCACGCCGCGCACGCCGUCGCCAUGGGCCUGCUCGAGGAAAAGGGGCCAGCUGGUCCACGAGGAUGAUCUCUACAGCGCCAGGUUCUCCAAGAGCGGCAGCUUCAAGUGGCUGCUGCACACGCUGCCCCGCAGCAACUCUGCUGAUGUGCACAGGAGAGGGCAGGGGCCAGCGCCGGGCCGGUGCCCGUCGCUUAUGGAGCUGUGCGUGGCCAAAGUCCGCGAGGACAUGAAUAGGUACUCUGAUUUCUCCCAGCUGCCCAGGGAUCUUAGUCAGCAGAUAUUCAAUGAGCUGGUGGAGUCCGGAUACCUCACGGAGGCAUCGCUUGGGGCUUUCCAUGAUUGUGAUUUGCAGGAUAUUUGUCUGGGAGAAUACCCUGGAGUGACUGAUGCUUGGAUGGAAGUAGUGGCUUCUCAAGGGCAGUCCUUGCUAUCUGUUGACAUCUCUUGCUCAGAUGUGACUGAUAGUGGAUUGAAUCUUCUUAAAGAUUGCUCAAGCAUGCAAAGUUUGGCAUGUGAUUACUGUGAUCGAAUCUCAGAACAUGGACUUAAAACAUUAUCAGGCUUUUCAAACUUGACAUCACUGAGCAUUAAGAAAUGUGCGGCUGUUACUGCUGAAGGAGCAAAAGCCUUUGCAAACUUAGUUAAUUUGGUAAACUUAGACCUUGAGCGAUGCCCAAAGAUUCAUGGUGGGCUUGUGCACUUGAAAGGCUUGAAAAAACUGGAAAAACUGAAUAUGAGAUACUGUAAUUGCAUCACGGAUUCAGAUAUGAAAUAUUUGUCAGAUCUCACAAAUUUGAGAGAGCUACAACUGUCUUCCUGCAAAAUCUCUGAUUUUGGUGUUUCUUAUCUGAGAGGUCUACACAAGCUAGCUCAUCUAAACCUGGAGGGCUGUGCAGUCACUGCAGCUUGUUUGGAGGUUAUAUCAGGAUUGGCUUCGUUGGUCUUGUUGAAUUUAAGUCGGUGUGGCAUAUGUGAUGAAGGCUGUGAGAAUUUGGAAGGUCUUGUCAAAUUGAAGGCUCUAAAUUUAGGGUUCAACCACAUUACAGAUGCCUGUUUAAUUCAUUUAAAAGAUUUGAUCAACUUGGAGUGCUUGAACUUGGACUCAUGCAAGAUUGGUGAUGAGGGCCUAUUUCACCUGAAAGGCCUCGUGCAGCUAAAAAGCCUGGAGCUUUCAGACACUGAAGUUGGGAGCAAUGGACUUCGUCAUCUCUCUGGUCUACGUAAUUUGCAGAGCAUCAAUCUCUCUUUUACCUUGGUUACUGACAUUGGUCUGAAGAAGAUUUCUGGCUUGAGUUCACUGAAGUCUCUUAAUCUUGACAAUCGCCAAAUCACAGAUACUGGUUUAGCAGCUCUUACAAGUCUCACUGGACUGACACACCUUGACCUCUUUGGAGCUCGCAUAACUGAUGCUGGCACAAAUUGCUUCAGAUUUUUCAAGAACCUCCAGUCCCUGGAGGUCUGUGGUGGGCUGAUCACGGACGCUGGCGUGAAGAACAUCAAGGACCUGAAAGCUCUGACGUUGCUGAACCUAUCUCAAAACGGCAACCUCACGGACAAAACCCUGGAGCUGAUCUCCGGCCUGACCGCGCUGGUGUCGCUGAACGUGUCCAAUUCCCGAGUGUCCAACUCGGGCCUCCACCACCUGAAGCCGCUGCAGAACCUGCGCUCCCUGUCCCUGGAGUCCUGCCGGGUGACGCCGACCGAGAUCAAGAAGCUCCGGCUGGCCGCCCUCCCCAACCUGAUCAGCGUGCGCCCGGAGUGAUGCGGCCGGCCGGCCGGCACUCUUGCAGCAGCGACCUGAAACUGUAAGCAAAUGGUGCCUGACUAGGGCAGGCCGACCUGUACAUAUUAUUUUUUUUUGUCUUUUGAACUGUUGUACAUAUUUUUGCCAGGACAAGCUUGAGCAGUCUGUACAUAGGUCUUUUGUCGUGUCGGUGUGCCUGACGGGCGCCGGGCUACUGCGUCCGUGUACCCCCUUUCCCCACGAAUGCUGUGAUGGGAUUGGGAAGGAACAAUUGUAUAUAUGCCGUGCUCCCUAUCCGUGUGGGUGCCGCUGUGUAAAUAGAAUUGGCGCACUGCUAGAUACGGAGUAACUCCUACCUUUGGUUGGUCGUAAAUUGAUAUCGUGGUAGUCCUCAA